AUGGAUAGAAAGGUCUACGUAGCUAAAUUUGACUAUCAAAAUCCGUACGAUGGCGAAGAAUUAAACAUGUUAAGCUUUCAACAAGGUGAUCGAUUUUUAUAUGUGGACCAUCUUACUGACGAAUGGGUUGCUUUAAAACGAAUCGAUACAAAAGAAAUUGGUUUAGCUCCGUCAAACUAUGUUGAGACAGUAGAUGGCGAUAGUAGAAAGAAAGGCAAGUUGAAGGCCAAAACUAGAUCGUUGUCGGAGGGUUGGCAUGCUGACCCAAAUCAUAUCGAUCUGACUAAAAAUUCGGAGUUAAUCGCACGCGAUAUUAGCAUUGGCAGUAAAGCCGGUGAUUUAGUAGAAAAGCCGCCCGAAUGGAAGAAAAUGGUUUUAUCAAGGCAGCGAAGAGUGCACAGUCUUGAUGAUGAUAAUAUCGAUUUAGAACUAUCAGCCAAAUUAAAUGCAAUGGCAAAAAAAGUUGAUGAGCUUAGUAUUAGUGUGAGGAUAACUAGUAGACUAAUAUUGAGCCCGAAAUAUGAUGUCACAUGUAACAGUGUUGGUAUGAAGAUUCCGAGAUCCUCCGGGUAUCAGGGCGAUUCCUCUUUCAGCAUGUUAUAG